CCACAACUGCCACCACUGCCAAAGCAAACAAACAACAACAGAGGAUGCGAGUGGUGUCUCGGCUGUGGGCGUUGUGUCGGCGCACGCGCCCCACAGACAUUGUGAUUGGCGUUGCGGUGCUCCUCUUCCUGGCUCACGUGGCGUCCGUGAAGCGAGAACCGGCGACGGAGGCGCCGCCAUGGAAGCCUCCGCCACCGAGAAGGGUGCUGCCGCUGGGCAACGAUCCUCACGAUCAGCAAGUGCAGCAGCAACUGCAGGAGCAGAUGGAGGAGAGUGAACGGUUACUGGAUCAGGCUAGGGAGCACAAAUCUUCCACGGUUGAUAGGGAGCUUUACCUCUCCACUCUGAAGCAAUCCGAGGAGGAAGUCAAGCAGGAGCAAGAUGAAGGGUGGAAGCGCAACAACUUCAACCAAUACAUUAGCGAUCGCAUUUCCUUGCAUCGGCCGAUCAAGGACACGCGUCACGCCAUGUGCAAGGACCGCACAUAUCCACUGGACAAACUGCCCGACACGACGGUGAUCAUUCCGUUCCAUAACGAAGCGCGCACCACACUUCUCCGCACCGUCUGGUCCAUUCUCGACCGCUCCCCGCCAAGCCUCAUCAACGAGAUUCUGCUGAUUGACGACGCGAGUACGAUGGAGCACCUCAAAGCGCCGCUGGACGAGGAGCUGGCGACGAUCCCGAAGACGCGCGUGCUGCGGUUGAGCGAGCGGUCGGGCCUCAUCCGUGCAAAGGUGUUUGGCGCCGAGCAAGCAAAGGGAAAGGUGGUCACCUUUCUCGACAGCCACUGCGAGUGCAAUGUUGGCUGGCUGGAGCCGCUGUUGGAGCGCAUCUACCUCGACCGCACCACCGUUGUCACGCCAGUCAUUGACAACAUCGACAAGAAAACGUUUGCGUACACUGGGAGCCCGACUGUCAUUACUCGCGGCAUCUUCACCUGGUCCCUCACAUUCUCCUGGCUCGACCUGCCGUGGUUUGAGCAGAAGAAGCGCAAGGACCCAAUCGCUCCACUGCCGUCACCAACGAUGGCUGGUGGGCUGUUCUCGAUGGACCGCGAGUACUUCUUUGAGAUUGGAUCCUACGAUAUGGGCAUGGACGUGUGGGGCGGUGAAAACCUCGAAAUCUCCUUCAGGAUCUGGCAGUGCGGCGGGACGCUCGAGUUCAUCCCGUGCUCGCGCGUGGGCCACGUCUAUCGCGAUUUCCACCCGUACAAGUUCCCCUCGGGCGCUGUGCAGACGAUCAACAAGAACCUGAACCGGGUGGCUGAGGUGUGGAUGGACGAGUACAAGGAGCUGUACUACGGCGUGCGCCCCCACCACCGCGCCAUCGGCACAGGCGACAUCUCAGACCGCCUGGAGCUGAGGAAGAAACUCAACUGCAAGCCGUUCAAAUGGUACCUCGACAACGUGUUUCCCGACAUGAUGGUACCGCUGCCCGAGAAUUUGUUGGGCAAAGGCGCCGUCAAGAACGCCGCCACCAACAUGUGUCUUGACUCCCUCUCCUCAAGGGAGGUCGACAUGAAGGCUGGUCUCUAUCCGUGUGCGAAUGGGAAGAGCGAGAAUCAGAUGUUCUACUUCACCACGAAAUACGGGGAAAUCAGGCGUGAGGGAACGUUUGGUGCCAGAUGUCUUGACUUCGCUGGCGGUAAGCCAGGCAGCACGCUCAGCAUGUACGGCUGCCACCUCAUGAAAGGCAACCAGGAGUGGAAGCGAUCUGGGAAGCAGAUUGUGCAUGCUGCAUCAAAGCUUUGUUUGGAGGCCGCUGUUAACGGAAACGACCGGAAGUUAAUUGUGAACACGUGCGACAGCAACAACGCAAACCAGGAAUGGACCUUUACUGAAUACGACCCAGGCGCGUAGCCAGCGCACGCACACCAUACACGAAUAGACUUUGACACAUAGUCACACACGCCCACGCUCGCAUGCACGCAAUGUGCAUGGCUUUGAAGCUGCUGGUGGUUCGUUUACAGUUGAGACUGCACCAUGUCUGCACCCACUUGUUCGAUGAGAUUGAUGUGAAGCGCAAGUCCCCACCCAACGAUUAAAAGGCAAAACGCACA